UCCGCGUCUACAGACCAUGUGGACGGCGCUGAUGAAGACGACGAUGAGGAUGGCGGUGGUGGUGGUGACAUGGCUGAUGGUGGCGGUGAUGGCGCUGCAGGCAGCAUCUCUGGAGGCUCAGAGCGCACGACACUACUGGAGGAUCAUUCAAUGGAGGUGUCCCCGGAGCCGGUGGAUGUGCCAUUGAUGGAGCUGGAGAAGCCACUGCUGACUAUGAACCCCGGGGACCGGCUUUUCGGCAAGCGCUACGGCCGACAGCACAAGCUGCUACCGCGGGCACGGGUACGGGCGGCAAAGCGCAGUCGUGGGGCUUCGGCACCAGUCUGUGCUUCUAUAGACGUCGCUGUUGAUGGUGCUGGUGGUUCUGGUGGCGUUGUUCAUGUGGUUGGUACUGCUGGCGCGCCUGACGAUACCAUCGUGGCGGAGAUGAGCCAGGUUGCGGCGAGCACGCGCCCUCCGAGCACCGGCAAGGCUGUGGGGAAGCGCCGGCCUCGCCGAUCCACGGAGCUGUCUCCGGAGGACUUCAUACGGAGGGAACCUCCAAGCGCCGUAGCGUUGACCACCGGCUCCGUGCACGCUGUCCGUGAGGAUGGCGGCAUGCGGGGAGGCACGACAAGACCCAAAAGGCGAAAACUUAAAAAUGAAGCAUCCUCUCACACGAAGAAUGAAGCUCCCCCGCACCAAGGGAAUAAUGGUUUGCCCCAAGAACAAAGGGGGAAUAAUGGGGUACCCCUACAGCAAAGAGAGAAUGGUUUUGCCCUUCAGCCAGAUGCAUCUCCUAAGCAGGGAGGAGAGAACGGCCCAUCCCUACCACAGGAUAUAAACACUUCUCCCCUGCAGCAGGCAGUGAACGAGACGCCGCUGCAGCCACAGCAGCAGCAGCCACGACCGCUCAGAAAAAGCACGUCGGCACAGAAGCGUUUGGCCGCUAAGGCUCACCGGUAUCACUCAGUGGGGGACGGCAGCAAGAGCCGGCGCCGUUUGGAGCUGCAGAUUGGUGGCCCAAGCCAUGUCAGCUGGGUGCCGGCCACCAUCGAGAGCUUCAGCAGCAGCGAGGACGCCCGGCGGAACUCCCCGCUGCAGGCCAACAAGCGCCGCCGCUCGCUGGGGAUUCUAGGGAAGGACGUGCGGCUGGCAGACAACGACGAGGGUCUCGCUCACCCGCGAGUGACUCCUCCAUCCGCCGAGGUCGCCGACGACGGUGCAGGUGGCCUGCACAAGAACCGGAGCGUUUCGCCGGGCCAGAAAUUGGCGUGGCUGUGUGACCACAAGUGCCAUGGCUCCCCGUCGGUCGUGCCAGAGACACCGUGCACGCCCGCGCCUCUCCUCCUCGUUGCUGCCGGUGCUGCCGGUGCUGCCGGUGCUGGUGUCGUCACGGCACCGGCGCCGGCGAGGAGGUGCGACGUCUGCCUAGAGAGGAUGCCCCCCAGCGCGGUUACCGCGGGGUCGACCGUGGCUUCCCCGCAAGAAGCUCACCGCGCCCGCCACGCUCUCCAUGGAACCGCCACCACCGAACCAGAGCACAAGCCGGGCAGCAAGGACGCUGACUGUUGCGGUGCCGAGGUCUCGCCGAACGACACGCCGGAUGGCCUGCUGGUGCUGCCGGAGGAAGGUGCGGAGCAAGACGGCAGGGUCUCGGAGGGCGGCCGAGAACAUGGCGGCGAUUGCGCGGGGGUGAUGGCGGUGACACUGACCCCGGCGGAAACUCUUGUGGAGCGAAGAGGUGGCCCGGAAGAGGCAAGCGGCAGCAAUGGCAGUGUGGUCGAGAACAGCCAGUCGCUGCUGCACCCUCGGCUAGAGCGCUCGGGGACGGAGGAGAGAGCGACAGGUGCUGGCGAGGCCUUGUCGCUGGUGGACGUUUCCAUUGCAUCGCAGGUGCAGAAGGGGCUGACGCGCAGCAUGUUAAAUUUGCAGCAGGAACCAACUCUAAAUAAGUCAGACUUGCAGCUGGAAUCAAAGCAAGAUAAUUUCGACCCCCAGGAGGUACGAACGCAAGAUAAGUUCGACACGCACCAGGAAACAACACCGUACAAGUUAAACCGGCAGCAGGAGCGAACGCAAGAUGAGUUAUGCCCACAACGGGACCUAAUGCAAUAUAAAUUAAACACGCAUCAGGAACUAACACCACCUGAUUUAAGCGCACAACAGGAACCAAUGCCUGAUUCAUUGCCUCAGCACCAGGAGCCAAUUGCGACUACAUUGAUCCCUCGGCAAGAAUCAAUGGGCAAUGACCUAGACUUGCAGUUGCAGCAGCAGCAGCAGCUAAACGAAGCUGCAAAUGUUCCACGUGAGGUGAAAGAUGUAAGUAAGGGCAUGGGGAGCGUGGAGGAUGGCGUGGUGAGCAUGGAGGAUAGCGAGGUGGACACCCAGGUGGCACUCCUCUCUUUCCUGCCCUCCAAGAGACGCUCGUUCCGCUUGGUGAGUCCCGGCGCCUCUCACCAAUCCGAGACCCACCGGACGGGAGAGCACCAGACCAGCACCCACCGGGGCGGUGGUAACCAAGCCGAGACUCGCGGAGCUGAUGAAAAACAAACCAUCUCUCGUCAGACUGGUGAUAACCAAACUAUUAUUCCCCCAAACGGUGAUGAUCGAACUGGAGAUAACCAAACUACCAUUCACCAGACUGGCAAGCACCAAAUCAUCUCUCUCCAAACUGGUGAUAACCAAACCAUCACUAACCCAACCGGUGAUAAUCAAACUGGAGAUCACCAAACCAUUUGUCGCCAGACUGGUGAUAACCAAACUAGUAAUCAGCAGACUGAUGUUAAUCAAACCAUCACUCACUCGGCCAGUGAUAAUCAAACUAGUGAUAGCCAAACCAGCACUUACCAGAGUGGUGAUAACCAAACCAUCAUUCACCAAAUUAGUGACAACCCAAUCAGCACUUCUCAGACCAGUGAUAUUAAAACCAGCAUUCACUUGACCGGUCAUGAACAAACCAACAGUCACAAACCUGUUGCUAGCCAGAACAACGCUCACCUGGCAAGCUUGCCAUCACUUAGCGCUGAUGAAAUCGUCCACGGUAACCGGCUGACGAAGAGAACCCGUGCCGGCAGAUGCGCGCGACGCUCUGGCUCCUCCUGGCGCUCAUCCCCACCGUCGCCCGGCCGAGACGACACACUUCGGGGGGGCGCCGGCAGUGGCGACGAGUCAACCGACACGCUCCAACUUCAGCACGGAAAGGCGCUGUCCCUCCCGAUUCCGGCCAGUGAUGCGAUGCUUAGUCCGAGUGGCACAGACAGCACUCCUGACAUCAUCAUGCCCACCCAGCGAAAUACAACCGACCGUCGGCCCGGUUCGUUGGCUGCGCGUAGCCAUACCAGCGCAAUCACCAGCAGCCAGGAAGAUUCCAGUGGUCGACCGUCCAUCUCGACAAUGGCCGACAGCCAGCCGAAGAAAGUAAUCGGCAGCUCGCAGCUGCUAACCUGCGGUCAGUCCGAUAUGCUGGCUGGCAGCGGCACGGGUGCGGGUCUUGGGCAGCGGCGGUCGCUCACUGCAUCUCGCGGACAGCCGGAGGUGAAAGCGGUCAACAGCUCGCCGUCCAUAGCUGUUGACAUCGGUGUCAGUGACUUGGCGGUCGCGGCCGUGAGCAACUCGCCGCACGUAGCUGCUGCGCGAGAUCGGAAGCGGUGGCGGCGGCGGCGGCGGAUUAGAGUCAUUGUAUCAUCGUCAUCGUCGGACAGCGACUGCGAGGUGAAGCUGCCCAGCCUUGGUGUAAAGGUGAAGUGGCAGCAGCAGGGGGGCAUGUUGGCGAGCCCGCGUGACAAAGGAGGACCCCGCACGUCCCCCCCCACGGGCAGCACCCUCCCCGCGUCGUCCCCUCCGCUCAGUCAAUGCUCGACUGCGUCCAUGGAUCUGUUUGAGUCGGAGGGCUCCGUGUGGGGCCGGCAUGGGCCAAGCAGCCCUGGCGAUCGAGACGGCGCCGAGGGGCGCGCGGAGGUCGCAGAGGCCACGGGGUUGACGACCUCUGCCGGUCGUCGGCGACCUUUGAACGGUGAUCCUGAGUCAGGUGGGGAGGGCAACAACGCAGCAGAGCCAAGGUCAAGGAGAGACGGCAUUUUGGAGAACGAGAGCGAGUCGACCGUCAUCUGGACAUCUCAGGACGUUGACUCCGAGAUGAAGCAGGAGCUGAUGCGGAACCUGCACGAGAUGGGGGACGAGAUCGCCGCUCUGGAGGCCGCUCUGGAGGAGGACCAAGACGACUGCCUCCCCUUACCUCCCUCACCUCCCACACCUCCCUCGCUUUGCCCUCGGUGGAAAGUCGGCUCGCGCGGACGGACGGCCGCCCAGACCUUGCACCGGGAUGACGGAAACGGCGGCGGCGAAUUGGCCGGCGCCGUCGACCGUGGAUCUGCAGGACACGGCGGUCGCAGUCGGGCAGCCGCCUCCUCGUCGUGGGAGACCGAGCGCUCCGACACGCUCUCGAACGCCCGGUGCUACGUAGACACUGCUGCCUCAGGCGGCAGCGGUAGCGUUACUUUUCCCGGUGUCGCUCACCGUGCGGAGAGGCUCGUUGGCGUCAGCAGCGCGGAAGAAUCCAGCGGGAAUCCUCGGCGCUUGUGCCUCGUCGCGUCCGGGCUGAGCAAGCAGGAUGCGCUGGUGGUCAAGCAGUUUGUGCAUAAGACCGGCGGUUCCUUCCAGUCGCACUUCUCUCCUGAAACGACUCACGUGCUCAUGCAGACAGGUGGCAGCCUGGUUUGCGAGCGCACGUUGAAGUAUUUUCUGGGCAACGCAGGACAUUGCUGGGUCCUCACCUUCUCUUGGGUGGAAGAAUGUCUGCGUCAAGGCUGCGUCGUGGAUGAGGUCCCGUUUGAGAUUCAGGGCGACGUAGUGAAUGGUCGCGACCACCUGGGCCCCCGUCGGUCACGGCUUUCAACCCUGAAGCUGCUGCGAGAGUAUGAGAUCUGCUGCUACGGUGCCUUUAAGGACAUGACCAAAGCGCAAAUUGAGUGUCUGGUUCAGAUGAGCGGAGCCGUGCUUGUCAAGGAUCCGAGUGCUUUCUCCUUCCAUCCGAACUUUGUGCCGCUGCUGGUCGUGCAGCCCGACGCCAACGCGGCCAGCAUGGACUUCGCAGCCCUGCACCGCCUCUACAGCGCCCAGAUCGUGACGCGCGAGUGGGUUCUGGACUGCAUCGCCACGCACCGUGUGCGUCUUCUCAACACGUACCUCCUGUCCCCUCACACCGCGCCUCGCCGGGAGUCCCCAUAGCCGCCCCUCACCCACCGCCGCCAUCCCGAGGAUGCUGUCCGUCGACCCCCAGCGACGACUGCACCCCCGUCCCCUCUCCUCUUGUCCGUCCGUUCGAUCGAUAUUUCCUUUGGAGCUACGCGAUUGUUAGUCGUACCCUUCUCACCCUGGUUGCCCGCCACCAGACCGAAGGAUUAACGGUAACGUCCUGGGCCAAUUUUUUUUUUCUCGCUGAAUAUUUUCCGGGUUUCCCGGUAUCGAUGGGAGUGGACGUCCACGUGAAUCGUGGUAGGCACGGCCAUCACGAGAGGUAUGCUAGAUGUUGGUUUUGCUGGGUCCAGGUGUAUUUUGCGUUUAGACAAACGAAGCUGAAAGUCUUAAGUUCUGCUUGUAACGCCGGGAGACGUGUUUCACGUGUCGGUAGGACGGCAGGUCGUGCCGAUAGUUUGCGAGAGAGUGUCCGCUGACUUGUGGGAAAAUCACCACGGUCGUUCGUGUACGGUGCGAUGGUGGAAACUGUCGUUAUGUGUGCCCUGGCUCUAUACCCAGGGGUGUUAUCCCACUCUUUCCUUCACUUGAAUGUGCGUGUUGUAUAUUAACCUUAAGUGGGUUUUUUGUUGUUGUUGCUUUAUUUAAUUUGUAAUGGUAACAUUUGAUUUUUGUGACCAGCAGAGGCUGAAUAAAUCUCAGGACUCUUUU